AUGACAAGCAAACGAGAAAUGUCAUUGGAUUAUACAUUGGAACUACAAAUACCGUUUGAAACGGAGGGGCAGGCGAGCAUAGCAACGAAGGUCCUAUCUCCGGACCCAAUUUUGAAACCACAGGACUUCCAGGUAGACUACAGCUCUGAAAAAAAUAUCAUGCUGGUCCGGUUUAGAAGUAUUGAUGACAGAGUGCUUCGAGUGGGUGUCAGUAGUGUCAUAGACAGCAUCAAGACCAUUGUAGAGACCAUAGAUGAACUAUCUUAG